AUGACGUUCAAAUGCCUAGCUACAUGGCUCUUUUGCAUACAGGCAUGUGUUGCAAAUGUAGAAAAGACAAUCUUCUUAGGGCCUAGUACCGUCAAUGUGCCGCUUCAACAUCCAACCCUUGAAGACCUACGAAUCGACGUGCUCACUCUGAAAGACUCGACACUGAGAACCGAGAUCGAGGCAGAGUUUCCCAAGGACAAAUUAAGCAAGGGGAAGGCAUCAUGGUUCUUGUUGGACAGUCUCCAAGAAAACCAGCGCUACGAAGUUCGGAUUUGCUGGGCUGCAACGCAACCCACUGCGUUCACCCUGAAUACGUACGAAUUACCGACAGUAUGGGACACUCCCGAACUGAUCGGCUCUCUGGCCGAGUACUCCUCGACUCGGCAGCCGCAAGCCAGUUCGGAUGCCGAGCAGACGCGGGCCUCCCACCGGCCCGAGAAGGGCAGGGGGGUAGGGGAAAGAGAAGCCUCGGUGCUCUUUCUCCAAGUCCUUGCUUCUGCAGACUACUUCACCACCAAUGCGACUCUGAUGGACAACGUCCCUCCCGUCAGCGUGGACAUCAUCCUUGACCCCUUUAUCUUCAACGUCUUCCCUCGGUCUCUGGUCCCGACAGCGAUAUUCAUCCCCGUCGUCGCGAUCGCCUCUUUUUUUGUCGCAAGGUUGGCCGUCUCGUGGAUACAGAGCAUCAUUUCGAGCGAUAUCACCGCCGAGGAGAAAAAGCGGCAGUGA